GGGCCCCCGCCGCCUCCCCCCGGCGCAGCCGGAGCCCCCCCCGGCCGCCCCUACAUCUGCAGCGAGUGCGGCAAAGCCUUCGGCCAGUGGUCGAAGCUGGAGCGUCACCGGCGCAGCCACACGGGCGAACGCCCCAACGCCUGCGGCGAGUGCGGCAAACGUUUCGCCCAGCGCUCCCACCUGGCCCAGCACCUCCGGACCCACACCGGCGAGCGGCCCUACAAGUGCGGCGACUGCGGCAAAGCUUUCGGCUGGAGCUCCAACCUGGCUCAGCACCGCCGCACCCACACCGGCGAGCGCCCCUACGCCUGCGCCGAAUGCGGCAAAGCCUUCAGCCAAAGCACCAACCUGGUGAAACACCAGCGUGCCCACGCCGGCGAGCGGCCCUACGCCUGCGGUCAGUGCCGGAAAGCGUUUUACCGUAGCUCUGACCUCCUCCAACACCAAGCCAGCCACUCCGGCGAACGACCCUACCGUUGCGGCCAGUGCGGCAAGAGCUUCGCCCAACGCGCCAACCUCCUCAAGCACGGCAAGACCCACGGCGGCGAGAAGCCCUUCCGCUGCGGCGAGUGCGGCAAAGGCUUCGUCCAAAGCUCGGAGCUCAUCCAGCACCAGCGCAGCCACAGCGGCGAGAAGCCCUUUGCCUGCGCCGAGUGCGGCAAACGCUUCGGCCACGGGGCCACCUUGGCCAAGCACCGACGGUUGCACUUGGGUUUGCAGCCGCACCGCUGCGGGGAGUGCGGGCGAGCCUUCGGGCUGCGCUCGGCGCUGGCGCGGCACCAACGGGCGCACGGGGAGGAGCGACCCUUCGCCUGCGGGGAGUGCGGGCAAGCCUUCGCCCUCCGCUCCAACCUGGCCCUGCACCGGCGGACGCAUGCCGGUGAGCGGCCCUACCGCUGCGGCGAGUGCGGCAAGGCAUUCGGCAUGAGCUCCACCCUGGUGCGGCACCAGCGCAUCCACACCGGGGAGAAACCCUACGGCUGCGGGGAGUGCGGCCGGGCUUUUGUCCGCAGCGCCCACCUGGAGCAGCACCGGCGGACCCACACCGGCGAGCGGCCCUACGCCCCCGGCGGCGCCCGCCGCUUCAGCCAGAGCUCCAACCUCAUCACCCACGAGCGGGUGCACCUGGAGGAGGCCCACGGGGCGGCGCAGGCGUUGGAGGCGCACCCGAAGACCAAGACGUUGGAGGUUCAACCAGGCUUGGAGACGUUGGAAGCUCAGCCAAGCUUGGAGAUGAUGGAGGGGCACCCAAAGACCAAGACAUUUGGGGUGCAACCAAGUUUGGAGGCGUUGGAGGUUCAACCAGGUUUGGAGGCGUUGGAGGGGCACCUAAAAACCAAGACGUUGGAGGUUCAACCAGGAUUGGAGAUGUUGGAGGAGCACCCAAAGACCACGAGAGUUGGGGUGCACCAAGGCUUGGAGAUGGAGGAGCACCCAAAGACCACGAGAGUUGGGGUGCACCAAGGCUUGGAGAUGGAGGAGCACCCAAAGACCACGAGAGUUGGGGUGCACCAGGCCUUGCAGACCGUGGCGGAGCACCCCAAGAGCCGGAGCCCCCAGGGGCACCCACGGCUGGGGGGAGGCCCCAUGGUGGAGGAGACCCCCGUGGGGGAGCACCCCGAGGUGCCAGACCCCCGAGGGGCGGAGCCUAUCCCGAAGACACCCCCCCCCUCGCACGACGCCAUUGGCUGA